UCCAUUUCCUGAUAAAUAUAAUUCGAAAGUAAAUAGUCAUUAGAUCUUCUAGGAUCCUGGUGAGAGCUACAUCACCAAAUUUAUUACAUUUAGCUCCCUAUAUAUUGAAGCUUCGGCAAAACCUUUCUCCAUCAAGAGUUGUUAAGUACUAAGUUUUUCAAAGAGAGAUAGAAGUGAUCAAGAUGGGCGAUCAAAUGAAAAUGAGAGGGGUAGGGGUGGGAGAAGAUGCUGAAGCAGCAAUAGAUGUUUGGAGAUACAUCUUCGGAUUUGUUGAGAUGGCAGUAGUUAAGUGUGCCAUUGAGCUUGGGAUUGCUGAUGCUAUUGAAAACCAUGGAAGCCCCAUGACACUGUCCGAGCUAUCGGCUGCCCUCGGGUGUGAACCAUCGCGUCUUCACCGCAUUAUGAGGUUCAUGGUUCACAACCAAGUGUUCAAAGAGGAACCUAUCAGCCAAGGCUCCAUCGGCUAUGCACAAACACCUUUGUCUCGCCGUUUGACUAGCAGCGGUGUAAAUAGCAUGGCGGCUCUCGUUCUACUAGAGAGCAGCCCUGUCAUGCUAGCACCAUGGCAUAGUCUAAGAGCCCGCGUCCUUGCAAGCGGGGAUUCACCAUUCGAGGCAGCACAUGGGAAGGAUAUAUGGAGCUACGCUGAGGCGAACCCUGGUCAUAGCACACUCAUAAACGAAGCGAUGGCUUGCGCUGCUAGAGUGUCGGUGCCAGCCAUAAUUGAAGGAUGUCCUGAAGUGUUUGACGGGCUCGGAAGUUUGGUUGAUGUUGGUGGAGGUAAUGGGACUGCUUUGACUACGUUGGUUAAGGCAUUCCCCUGGAUUCGAGGCAUCAACUUUGAUCUUCCUCAUGUUGUGGCUGCUGCAACUCAAUUCGAUGGCAUUGAAAAUGUAGGAGGAGACAUGUUCGAGUCCAUCCCAAAGGCAGAUGCAGCUUUCUUUAUGUGGGUUUUGCAUGACUGGGAUGAUGAAGAAUGCACAAAAAUCCUGAAGAAAUGCAGAGAAGCUAUUCCGGAAGACAAAGGGAAGGUUAUAAUUGUUGAAGCCGUGCUUGAAGAUGAUACAGAUGACAAGCUAGAUUUCUUGAGGUUGAUGCUAGACAUGGUGAUGAUGGCUCACACUAACAAAGGCAAAGAGAGGACCUUAAAGGAAUGGAGGUAUGUUCUUGGACAUGCCGGAUUUACCCGAAUCAACGUAAAACGCAUCCGCGCAGUGCAAUCUGUGAUUGAAGCUUAUCCUUAGAAAUUAACCCAUAUUGUGAUAAAAUAAUGGUUCUUGUACUUACUACCAACCAACCACAGAACCUGUUGUGUGAGUGUGAAAGAUGUUUGCUCUGUUGUUGAAUAGUGGGCUUUCUCUCUUUUGUUCCAUUUGUUUGAUACCAAUCUUCAUGUAUGCUCUUCUUGUUCCUCUAAAACCAAAACCGAUCUGGAUGAAAGAAAUCUGAAACACAAGCUCAGCUAAAUGGUUUCUUAUUUUAGUAAUUUGUACCUGUGCUUGAGAUCAAUGACAUUCAGACAAAUAAUCUGGCAGACAUUGGUAUCGGAUGGGCAUGGACCAUUCUCUGAUUUUGCCGAAAGAGAGUCGGAUAUAAUCACCUUUAACAGUUCAAGAAAUUUUUUUUUAUCAAAAAGAUGGAUCAUUUUCAUAUCCUUUUUCUGACAAAAGACCCUUAAACUUUACUGAAGAGGGACAGAAGUCGAAGAACUUAACUUUUUGAGCACUUAAUUGGGCUGUGAGGAGGAAAUGGGUUCCUACUAACACAGUGCUUCAGGUUUCAAUCCAUUCUACUUUUGAACCUUGCACUCUGAUAGAGAGUGACCUAAAAACUAUGAACCACAUCUAUUUGGAGAUGCUGACGUGGCAGAUUAAUUGUAUGUGGAUUGUCUCACCAAAAAUCUCAUCUUUUUUGUCCAUUCGGCAAAUCAGUAGCUUCCCUCUGUUGACUUUGAUACUUUCCAAUUCGAUUUCACUUCACUUUCUACAAAUCCAACCAGCAAUAUCUCAAAUCAAUUCAUACAGAGAAAAACAGAGAACGAAGAAGAAGCAAAAAAUGUUGGCUUUUUCAACAGUGAUAACAUCAGGGCCAAAUCUAUACCUUCCAAAGAAACCCCGGAAUUUUCACUUCCCAAUUCGGUGCCUUUCUUCGACAUCUUUAUCAGCUUCGAGCCAACCAUCAAAGUUGACCCAAUUCGAUUUAAAGACUUACUGGACUACCCUUAUAGCAGAAAUCAAUCAGAAGCUUGAAGAAGCAAUCCCGGUCAAGUACCCAGAGCAGAUCUAUGAAGCUAUGAGGUACUCUGUUCUUGCAAAGGGUGCUAAGCGAGCCCCUCCCGUUAUGUGUGUCGCCGCUUAUGAACUCUUUGGUGGUAACCGACUCGCUGCUUUUCCUACAGCUUGUGCUCUUGAAAUGGUUCACACUGCUUCACUAAUUCAUGAUGAUCUUCCCUGCAUGGAUGAUGAUCCAGUACGCAGAGGUCAACCGUCUAACCAUACAAUUUAUGGUGUCGACAUGGCAAUCCUGGCUGGUGAUGCACUCUUCCCUCUUGGCUUCCGCCAUAUUGUCUCUCAAACACCUACUGAACUUGUUCCUGAGGCACGCAUCUUGCGUGUGAUUGCUGAGAUUGCCCGCACAGUGGGAUCUGCUGGCAUGGCUGCUGGGCAGUUCCUAGACCUCAAGGGUGACGCCAA